UUUAGGCAGAUAUCUUGCGUAGGUACAUAUUCUGAAUCCUUUUUUAUAAAAAAGAGUUUAUUCCUCCAGAAGUUAUAACUAUUAUACUUUUUUUGUUUAACCUAAAUGUAAGUAAAGAGGUUUAAAACCUUCUUGAUCCAAGUCUUCAAUGAGGGACUCCUCCUAGCCUUUCCCAGGGAGAUAUGUUUCCUAGUAAGUCCGCAGAAGUUUGUUCAAAACAAAACGCAGGCUGGGUCUUCUCUUCAGUUUCAUGAAUGACCUUGUUGUCUACUCCAAAAAUAAUUAGAAGACAAACACAUUAAACGGCUUUAAAAAAGUAAGCACCCCAGUUUGAUUUUAGACAGCAUGUUAUCGACAAUGAGGCUGGAGGAAGUUGUACCUCUAAAUAAUAAAAUACAAACCAAUUGCAACGCCGCUUCUGUCGCACAUGCUUUAGAUGCACAGGUCUGGUUUGGCAUGUAGUAAGUCCAAUGUUGAAGAAUGAAUUGCCAUAAGGAAUAGUGUCCUUAACUUCGUGUCACAGUAGAUGGUAACAAAAGAAGUUCAUUAGUUUGCUGGCAGCUUAAAAUGACAUAUUAUUUUGUUAUUGCAUAUCUUGUACGUUUGGCAUUCAUUUGUUAUGGAACUUACCACGAUAAACUAAUGGAAGUCAAGUAUACAGAUGUAGAUUAUACUGUCUUUACAGAAGCUGCAGAAUAUAUCACAAAUGCAAAAUCACCAUAUUUAAAAGACACAUACAAGUACACGCCUUUAUUAGCCUACAUUCUUACUCCAAACAUAUAUGUACAUAUAUUAUUUGGUAAAUGGCUGUUUUGUACUGUAGAUAUUUUUGUUGCAUUCGUUCUAAAGUAUAUUUUGGAAAAGAAAAUGACAUGUAGCACAAGCUCUUCAAAUAUGUUGAUCAGUAUAUUUUGGUUGUACAAUCCUUUCACAAUAACAAUUUCAAGUCGAGGAAAUGCAGAGUCGUUACAGAUAUUUCUUGUGUUACUGACAUUGUUAUUUAUAAUGAGAGAGAAUAAUCUUUUAGCUGCAGUAUGUUUUGGAAGUUCUGUCCAUUUUAAGUUGUAUCCUGUUAUCUACACAUUACCAAUAUUACUGUAUAUCAGUAGACAAUAUGGGCGAACUUUGAAUACUGAUUCAACUAAAAGGGUAGUCAUAGAUUUCUUUUGUUGUAUUGUAAACAGACACACCGUUACUUUUGGAGUCAUUUCCUUGUUAACAUUUUGCGUUAUUGGAACAGCAAUGUAUACUAAGCAUGGUUUUGAAUUUAUUGAAAACACAUAUCUAUUCCACAUAAAGAGAAAAGAUUUUCAGCAUAAUUUUUCACCGUUUUUCUACAUCCUAAGAAUUUUUCAAGAUACUCCUUGGCUUAAUAUUGUGAAUCGAUUAGCUUUUAUACCACAAUUAAUUGCUGUUUUCUGGUUUGGAAUACGUUAUUACCAUGUGCUGCCAUUAGCUUGUUUUCUACAGACUUUUGCAUUUGUGUCAUUAAAUAAAGUCUGUACUUCACAAUAUUUUAUUUGGUACAUCAGCUUGCUUCCGUUAGCAUAUCCUUAUAUAAAGUUUCCAGUGAAGAAAGGUGUGACCAUGAUUGUGGCUUGGUUAGUCAGCCAGGCGAUUUGGCUCUGUUCUGCUUAUUUUUUGGAAUUUCGAAAAAUGAACAUUAUUCUGUAUGUUUGGUUAGCAUCCAUAUUAUUUUUAUGUACAAACAUUUGGCUCAUGUACCACUUCACAAAAUAUGCAGCUGUCGUCGAAAACUACAACUUAAAGCACGAGGUAAAGAAGAGGAAACCUCUCAAGUCAAGUUAGAAGAAUAUCUUAGAUUACCUUAUCGGUCGACGGACAAAAAUUAUUUGCCACCUAGAUAAAAUUUUGUAACUUUUGUCCAUUUCUUAAGAUUCAUGUUUUUGUUUUUUUA